CUGACAACGUGCAUUUUUUUUUUUAUUAUACUUUAAGUUCUAGGGUACAUGUGCACAACGUGCAGGUUAGUUACAUAUGUAUACAUGUGCCAUGUUGGUGUGCUGCACCCAUUAACUCGUCAUUUACAUUAGGUAUAUCUCCUAAUGCUAUCCCUCUCCCCUCCCCCCACCUCACAAUAGCCCCUGGUGUGUGACGUUCCCCUUCCUGUGUCCAAGUGUUCUCAUUGUUCAAUUCCCACCAUGAGUGAGAAAAUGCAGUGUUUGGUUUUCUGUUCUUGCGAUAGUUUGCUAAGAAUGAUGGUUUCCGAUAACGUGCAUUUAACCUCCCAAGUGAUGGUGACAGUGACGCUGCAGAUCCCCAGACCACACUUUUGAGAUGCACAGCACAAGUAUUGCUGGCCCUGGCAGAGACAACCAGGGAGACCAUUUAGGCUUCUAAACCUACUGCACACCAGAAGUCUUCCUCUACACCACCACUGCAGUCACAGUCCAUUACUGGAGCCCAUUCCUUUUACAUUUCCUCUCUGGCUCCUGGCUCAUAUGGCCAGAAGUGUGAGCGAGGACCUACACUCAUUACCCAUCACCUCCAUCGUUACUUUAUCAGAACCAAAGACUAAUUCUUAAUUGGCUUAUUCUCCCCAAGACUUACUCUCAGCAGUAGGUCCUACUUAGGAAAAGUCUCAAAGCUUUAUCUUGCUUAGGAAUGUCCUUUCAUAGUAUUAAAACAAGCAGCUGCUGCUGAAUUCUACUUUCUUUUUAAGCGAUGAUGUUUCACAAUGGUCACAUUUCCCCCAGAGUGAAGAGAAAAAAAAAAAAAACCUAUACAGUAAGAGGGAAAUCCUAUUUAAGGGGGACUCAAUUCACCUACGUAUUGAUGAAGCAGACAAAUGUACAUAAAGUCAUCUUAACAUGACAGAUAAUAAACAUACAGUCCUUGCCCUCAAGCCAGGCGACAGAAAAGCUACCAACCACCAGGUUGAAACAAGACAAAUGUCAUCUGAAAAAACAGCUGCAUUUGUUUCUAUCGAAGUCUUCCAGCAGAUACCUUAAUAUCUUCGCACAGAAUGUGUGCUCUUUACUAACAACCGACACACAAAGGAGGACGAUCUCCAGCAGAGGUGACUAGGAAAGGCUUCCUGGAUGGAGUAAUUUAGUUUGGAGUCAGACCAAUGAGCGCCUUUUCAAGGGUGGAGGUCCCAGAUGGCCAUUCCUUUAACAAAAAUCAAUUAACAUGUAAAGUAUAUGCUGACAAAUAAAACGUUUGAUGGGCCCAGUGCAGUGGCUCAAGCCUGUAAUCCCAACAUUUUGAGAGGCUGAGGCAGGCCUGCCUCAACUCAGGAGUUUUAGACCAGACUGGGCAACACAAUGAGACCCCAUCUCUUCAAAAAUUAAAAUGAAUCUCAGCUACUCAGGAGGCUGAGGAAGCAGGGUCACUUGGGUGCACGGGACUAAGGUUGCAGUGAGCUAUGAUCACACCACUGCACUCCAGCCUGGACGACAAAGCAAGACCCUCGUCUCUACGAAAAAUUUAAAAAUUAGCCGGGCAUAGCAGUGCGAGCCUCUGGUCCCAGCUACUCGGGAGGCUGAGGCGGGAGGAUUGCUUGAGCCCAGGAGGUCGAGGUUGCAGUGAGCCGUGAUAGCACCAUUGCACUCCAGCCUGGGCGACAGAGAGCCUCAUCUCUAAAAAAUAAUUUCAAAAAAGGUUCCAUUUAGUGUUUUUCGUGGUGUGACUAAGAAAGGUAUCUAGAAAUAUAGCACAGUCACUACCUGCUCUCAAAAAGCGGCUGCCAAUCUAGUUUGGAGACAGAAAAAUAUACCCAAGUGAGAACACAGAGGAGUCUAUUUUGUGAAAAGGGGCGUCUUUGGAGACGAAAAUCCCUCUCUGCGGGACGCUGACGGGCAGUCGUUAAAGGACUUCAGCGGCAAUCGGGCACUGGGGCUUUGCCAAGGCUUGGAGGCGGCGCGCCAGGCCGGGCAACGCGGGAAGCGGGGCAGGCCCGAGUGGCCCUACUGCUGGCGUCCCUACCGAUCCCUGCGCAUCCGCCACACAGCAGGGGACGGCAGGAAGGAGGAAGGAUGGGAAGUCCCGUAAAUCAGGCCCUCAGGGGCUCCCAGGCCCGCACCAUUCCCAAACCCCGGGGGCCACCGCAGAGCCGCUGCUCCGGGCCGUGUGGCUCGAGGCGACCCUUCCUCGGAGUCGCCGGGCCCUCCUCUCCCGAGCCGAAUCUCUAGCUCUGGCCUGAGGUGACCGGCGCCGCCGAGAGCAAACACAAGAUUCGCACCCCGCUCCCCACGACAGCGGCUCCGCGGCGCCGCUCAGAGUCUCCGGAACAGACCGGACUCAAGGCAGGCCAGGCAAGCGGAAGUGUGCCGCUUCCUUCCGGCCAGCGCCGCACGAGACGGGGCGGGGAUCCGCGGAAGGAGGCGGAGACUCCUGUUGACGAACAGCUCCUGGGGCCUAUGGGCGCGGCCGCAGCCGCCAGGCCUCUCCGGCGCGCCCCCUCCCCGGGGCUGUCGACGCCCCCCAGCCCCUCAUUUCCACAAAGCUCCGCGGCGGCUCUGCCCUCCUUGUCCCCGCGGCGCGCUGCGGCCCGUGGCGCUGCCCCGCUCCCGCCUAGCCCAGUCGGCCUCCUUCCCCUCCCGGAGCCGCGCGUGAGGACCGCUGAGACCGCAGGAGUGAUUGGGAGAACAAUGCAUGAAAGUCUGACAUCAUGAUGUCCAUUCGGCAAAGAAGAGAAAUAAGAGCCACAGAAGUUUCUGAAGACUUUCCAGCCCAAGAAGAAAAUGUGAAGUUGGAAAAUAAAUUGCCAUCUGGUUGUACCAGUAGAAGAUUAUGGAAGAUUUUGUCAUUGACAAUUGGUGGAACCAUUGCCCUUUGCAUUGGACUUCUUACGUCUGUCUACCUUGCCACGUUACAUGAAAAUGAUUUAUGGUUUUCUAAUAUUAAGGAAGUGGAGCGAGAAAUCUCAUUCAGAACGGAGUGUGGCUUGUAUUACUCCUACUACAAGCAGAUGCUGCAGGCUCCAACCCUCGUGCAAGGUUUUCAUGGCCUAAUAUAUGAUAAUAAAACUGAAUCUAUGAAGACAAUUAAUCUCCUUCAGCGAAUGAAUAUUUACCAAGAGGUUUUUCUCAGUAUUUUAUAUAGAGUUCUACCCAUACAGAAAUAUUUAGAGCCGGUUUAUUUUUAUAUUUACACCUUAUUUGGGCUCCAGGCGAUCUAUGUCACAGCUCUCUAUAUAACCAGCUGGCUACUCAGUGGUACGUGGCUGUCAGGACUGUUGGCGGCUUUCUGGUAUGUCACAAAUAGAAUAGAUACCACAAGAGUUGAGUUUACCAUCCCACUGAGGGAGAACUGGGCGCUGCCAUUCUUUGCAAUUCAGAUAGCAGCAAUUACAUAUUUCCUGAGACCAAACUUACAGCCUCUUUCUGAAAGGCUGACACUUCUUGCCAUUUUCAUAUCAACUUUUCUCUUUAGUCUGACAUGGCAAUUUAAUCAAUUUAUGAUGCUGAUGCAAGCAUUAGUGCUGUUCACACUGGACUCCCUGGACAUGCUGCCAGCAGUGAAGGCGACGUGGCUGUAUGGAAUACAGAUAACAAGUUUACUCCUGGUCUGCAUUCUUCAGUUUUUUAAUUCCAUGAUUCUUGGAUCACUGCUCAUCAGUUUUAACCUUUCAGUAUUCGUUGCAAGAAAACUUCAGAAAAAUCUGAAAACUGGAAGCUUCCUUAAUAGGCUUGGGAAACUUUUGUUACAUUUAUUUAUGGUUUUAUGUUUGACACUUUUUCUCAACAACAUAAUUAAGAAAAUUCUUAACCUGAAGUCAGAUGAACACAUAUUUAAAUUUCUGAAGGCAAAAUUUGGGCUUGGAGCAACAAGGGAUUUUGAUGCAAAUCUCUAUCUGUGUGAAGAAGCUUUUGGCCUCCUGCCUUUUAAUACAUUUGGAAGGCUUUCAGACACUCUGCUUUUUUAUGCUUACGUAUUUGUUCUGUCCAUCACAGUGACUGUAGCAUUCGUUGUUGCCUUUCAUAAUCUCAGUGAUUCUACAAGUCAACAAUCCGUGGGUAAAAUGGAAAAAGGCACAGUUAACCUGAAACCAGAAACUGCCUACAACUUAAUACAUACCAUUCUGUUUGGAUUCUUGGCAUUGAGUACAAUGAGAAUGAAGUACCUCUGGACGUCACACAUGUGCGUGUUCGCAUCAUUCGGCCUAUGUAGCCCCGAAAUAUGGGAGUUACUUCUGAAGUCAGUCCAUCUUUAUAACCCAAAGAGGAUAUGUAUAAUGCGAUAUUCAGUACCGAUAUUAAUACUGCUGUAUCUAUGCUAUAAGUUCUGGCCAGGAAUGAUGGAUGAACUCUCCGAGUUGAGAGAAUUCUAUGAUCCAGAUACAGUGGAGCUGAUGAACUGGAUUAACUCUAACACUCCAAGAAAGGCUGUGUUUGCGGGAAGCAUGCAGUUGCUGGCCGGAGUCAAGCUGUGCACGGGAAGGACCCUAACCAACCACCCGCACUACGAAGACAGCAGCCUGAGAGAGCGGACCAGAGCGGUUUAUCAGAUAUAUGCCAAGAGGGCACCAGAGGAAGUGCAUGCCCUCCUAAGGUCCUUUGGCACCGACUACGUAAUCCUGGAAGACAGCAUCUGCUACGAGCGGAGGCACCACCGGGGCUGCCGACUCCGGGACCUGCUGGACAUUGCCAACGGCCACAUGAUGGAUGGCCCAGGAGAGAAUGAUCCUGAUUUGAAACCUGCAGACCACCCUCGCUUCUGUGAAGAGAUCAAAAGAAACCUGCCUCCCUACGUGGCCCACUUCACCAGAGUGUUCCAGAACAAAACCUUCCACGUUUACAAGCUGUCCAGAAACAAGUAGCACAGAUUUCUGCCCAGUGUCUAUUUUUGAUACAGUGAAACUGCAUCAUGAUGAAACUCGGUAGACGUUUCCUAUGUAAGUAGGUAGCCCAAACCUUCAAGCUGUGAUAUGAGUAAGUUCUACAGUUGUUUACACAAACAUUGCCAUCUUUGAAAGCAUCUUCUACAAGCAGAAGUCUUUUUUGUUGUGUGUCUAUCUUUCUCAUUAAUGUUCUUUAGCCUAAAUGUUGACAACUUUCUAAGAGUGACCUAAAAUUAUGUUGUUGGAGAGAAUGAUGUGUGUUCCAUGGAUACCUGGAUAGGCACAUACCAUGUUGGAAGAUGAGCACCUGCUCAGGAUUUGAAAUACUUUUAAUUUUCAGGUGGCUUAAAACAGCUAUGAUUGAAUCAACUAGAAAUGAUGAUCGGCUUAUUUAAUAUGAUUUCACUGGUGAAGACUAAUUGGUAGCUUUCUAAAAAGCUCUUUAGUGUCCUGUUUUAUCUUAAAAUGUUAUAAUAUUUUCCAAUUGUCAUGCUUUUAACAUUAACAAAAAAAAUCAUGUUAGGGCUUUGUAUCAAACAUUUUGUUAUACUCUGUCUGAAAUGUAAUGUGGAGUACUUCAGCACUAUGUGUCAUGUAUUUGUGUGUGUGUGUGCGUGUGCACGCAUGUGUUUGAAUGCUGGGCACAGAAAAGUGUUACAAGUUCCAUAUUGUAAAUCCUUAAAGGGGCAGAAAUGUAUGUAGCCAAGUAGAAUUUAUUACAUUUUAGUGUUAUUAUUUUAAAACUUACUGAUACUCUAACCUCUCCUGCAAGUAAUAGUUUUGCUUUAUUUCUUACUCAUUUCAAUUUAUUGGGUUUGCAAAAUUUUGUAAACUUUUUGUGUUUUUAGCCUUUGUAUUUUUUACAGCCUAGAAUCUUGCAAAGUCUGAAUAUUUUUUAAAUGUUCUAUCUUAACUAGUUCACUAAUACAGUAUUUUUAGCAGACAGCAUUUUCAGACAGCAUUUUCAUACCAAGUUUGACUUGUGGUCUCCAAUCUUACUGAGAGGGCCCUGGUAGUGUAAUUCUUUUCCUUACUAAAAGGUAACCAAGUGCCUCUAAGUCAUGCUUAUUUGUAAACAACAAAGAAGAAUAUAUGUACUUGCUCAAAAUUUUUUUGAUAAUUGCUUAUAUAAUUAAUUUCUAAUGAAGAGGAUAUGUAAAAGUUGCUAGUAAGAACAUAUUAUGCAUUUAAUUAAAUCAAGAUGGCUAAUGGAAUUAACUUUCUCCCCUGUUCUUGCCAGGUGGAAAUGAUUUAAGCAUUUCUGCUUGCAGUUGUGUUGAAGUAAAUUACCAUAGACAUCAAGAUGGCUACAUCACAUUUUCAAAUGAUUUUAUAUUCAAUUACUACUUAUUAAGCAGCAUUCAAAAAGUCUUUUACACUGUCAUGUUGGACACAAGCAGACUCAGCUUUUAUCAAAACUUGUUUAAAUAAAAAAUUGACAGUAGCUGGGUUAUUAAAUUAUGCAACUGAAACUCCUGAAUUAUACCUUUUUUGUAUCCCUUAAUACGAUUGGAGACCACUGCAGUUUAGGAUAAUACAGUAAUAAAACGUUUUAAUCAGUACUGAAACUUAAUAAUUAAGCCAAUAAUGAUGCAUGCCUGUUGUAGCUGAUAGCAUGGGUCAGUACAUCCUUCAGCGAGUGCCUUACUCUAAUUGAAACCAAGCACACGUAAGGUACAAUAUGUUAGACUCUGUGGUUUUGUUUUCAAAAUCCUCUGUUACGGCUAUAUUUAAAUUUGUUUUAAGUAUUCCUGUAUGUAUUCAUCUAAGCAUUUGGGCAUUUGGAGUCUUAAUAUACAAGAAACAUGCACUUAAAUUUGUAUGCUUAUCACCGCAAUGAUGGCAAACAGUGAUUUUUUUUCUUUUUCAUAGUUUAGGUGUCAUUGUUGCCAGCACCUUUAGUGCUCAGUCUUCAGUGAAAAAUAUAAAGUGCCAAAAAAAUCUUGCAAGACAGAAUCCGUACUUAACACUCUUUCCAAGACACUGUGACCAUGUACAGUAGAAGUUUUUAUUUCCUGAUGACCAAAUCUAUCAACGAAUCAUGUUAUUAAUAAAUAUUUUUAGCACUCGUCAGUAUUCUCCAAUGUGACCUUCUCACUGGAGUACACAGAAGGAAAGCAAAGAAGAGCAUCUGACUUCUGGCUCUGGCUUACAGCCUCUCCACCAGGCCGAACGAAGCAAGAGACCCACGGCGGCAGCUCCCUGCCACUCAGACCUGGGUGGUGAUAGCCUCAAAGAAUGGCUCUGUUUUCUGUUGAUAGAAAACCCACUUGAUUUUGCUUCUGAGUUAGCAAUCAGAAGACCCUCUAAGUACAAUAGAAGUGCUCUUAACGGACUCUGCCUAUAUGACUCCCAGGCCCCGGAGUCUCCAUCUCUCUCGUAAGCCACCUGCCCCAGCACAGCUGGAGGCUGCUCUCUAGUGUUCUCAGUGCUCCGGCUCCCUCCCUUGAGUUGUGCGCCCGUCCCAAACUACUACAUGCAAGCUCUGCUUCCUCUUGUAAGUACACAACUCAGUUAAGUAUUUACGUACAUGUAGAAAAUACGGGUGUGAAAAGAAAGAGCUUUCUGCAAAAAUUAAGUUGAAUGCUUUGGUAAGAAGUGAUAAAGGCUAGUUGCCAAUAAAAGUCGCUUUUAAAUUAGGUGUGGCUGGGAAAAUUAUAAGAUAUUGGGGAAAAUAUACAAAUCAAGAAAAUUUCUGAGAUUAGAUUGCUUCAUAGAUUUAUUUAAGUACUCAUCCCACCUUUUAAAACUCUAAACUGAGAAGAAGGGACCCAAAUCAUGUUAUCGGUGUGAUUUAUGUGAGAAGUAGAACUAUAGUCAUUGGACCCUUAGGCAAAGGAAAAACUCAUGUCUUUAUAUCAGAAGAUCAGCAAACGAAUGUACAGUUACACAGUUGAGGUUAUGAUUCCCUACUUUAACCUACUUACUUUAUUAAAUGACCAACUACUGAUACUGAUCACAGUAGUUAUUAGAGAUUCUAAUUCAGUUGGAAGGUUCUAAUCACUUUAUUACAGGCAUUUGAAAAAUAGGGAUUCAUUUCAAGUAUAUUAGCCAGGAGCAUAGUUAGAUGUUACCCAGGCCGUUUGUCAUCGUGUUAAUGGUGAUUUUCCUGACCCUUGUGAGAUCAGCGUGACAGGAGUGUGUGUGUUUGUGUUGGUGUGGGUGUGUGUUUUUGGUUGGAUGCUGCCAGGUGGCAAAGGCAUAUAUAAAUACAUCAUCCGAUCUGCAUCUUUAUUCCACGAUUAAAAGUAAAAAUGUCUAUUCUGAUUCUAUAUUAAUUUUGUCUAAGAUGUAAAAAUUUUAGUUCCUCUUUGGCCAAAACCUACCUAAAUUAAUGUACAGAUAUUUGGUUUUUAAAAUUUAACUCAAAUCUCAAAAUCAAUGAAGUGUUAUCAGAUCCUGUAUCUUGGUUAAUAUGCUCCCAAAUACUUUAAACAUGGCAGCCUUUUGGCCUAAGAGAGUGUUUGUCUGUUCGUAGAAAAAAGCUUUUGAGAUGAGAGAAUGUCUUACUUUCUUGUGGCAAUUGGUUUUCUGUUUUUAACA